CGCGGUGCAUUAGUGUUAACCCUGAUCCAAAAUGACGGAAAGAUACAGCUUUAGUCUUACAACUUUCAGUCCUUCUGGAAAACUUGUUCAGAUAGAAUAUGCCCUGGCAGCUGUAGCAGCAGGAGGACCUUCUGUAGGAAUAAAAGCAUCAAAUGGAGUUGUCCUUGCUGCUGAAAAGAAACAGAAGUCAGUUUUAUAUGAUGACAGUACAAUCAACAAGGUGGAAAUGGUAACAAAAAGUGUGGGUAUGGUUUAUAGUGGAAUGGGCCCAGACUACAGAGUUCUGGUUCGACAUGCCAGAAAGAUAGCCCAGCAAUAUUAUCUAAUGUAUCAGGAGGAAAUACCAACAGCACAGUUGGUUCAAAAACUUGCAUCUGUCAUCCAGGAGUAUACCCAGUCAGGUGGGGUUCGACCAUUUGGUGUGUCUCUUCUGGUUGCGGGAUGGGAUGACGACAGGCCAUACUUAUUUCAGUGUGAUCCUUCAGGGUCAUAUUUUGCCUGGAAGGCCACUGCUAUGGGUAAAAACUAUAUCAAUGGCAAAACCUUUCUUGAAAAGAGGUAUAAUGAAAAUCUUGAACUAGAAGAUGCUAUCCACACAGCAAUCUUGACUCUCAAGGAGAGUUUUGAAGGGCAAAUGACAGAAGACAACAUUGAGUUAGGAGUGUGUAAUGAGCAAGGCUUCCGUCGUCUUACCCCUGCAGAAGUAAAGGACUACCUGGCUUCUAUCAUAUCUUAAUUUAACAGCAUCUUCUGUGAUGUUGGUAGAAGAAAAUCUGUCUUCAGGGCUAGCUUCUUUUGUUUUGUUUUUUUUCGUUAAAGUUUCCCUUGCUUUAAAGUGACAAGGCGCUAAAACAUCCUGGACUGGUUGAAUUUCAAAGGUAUCAUUAGACGUGUGUGUACUUAAUAAGCAAAUGCAUCUUGUAUGACAACUGCUGUUUUUGCUGCCAUGUUUUACUGAAUCAGCCGUAAUUGUUUGCCACUAAUCAUUCAGGAACAUCUCAUUUAAGUUUUGACAAGGUUAUCACUAUUAAGUAUUAAUAGCAGUUGCAUUGUAGUGCUGGCAGUCACAUCUUUUUACUCAGCAAUUUCUUCUUUGUUUCCCUCUAAUGUAGUAUGUAGUAUUUCAAAACCAAGCCUUCCACAGAAUAAAUACAAUCUCUCUAGUUUGUGAA